ACUCUUAACGUCAAACUCCUCCCUAUCAGCAAUCACAUACCCCGAGCGGGCGGACGAUACGGAGCUGUAGUAGUAAGCAAGCGGCCAGCAGGAGAGAGAGUGGGAGACACCGUCACCGAUCACACGGAAGAGAGAGAGAGAGAGAGAGAGAGAGGACCAGCGGAACACGCUCGCAACCGAAACACUGCAAGACAGGAGUGUCCGCUCCACAUCACGCAUUCAUGGCACUGUGUAACGGGGAUAGCAAGCUGGAUAUCGUCGGAGAACCUAAAGACGGCUUAUGUUCCUACGAGGGUGCCGUGGUGAUCCUAGACGCGGGAGCACAGUAUGGGAAAGUGAUUGACAGGCGGGUACGAGAGCUGUUUGUCCAGUCUGAGAUUCUGCCUCUGGAGACGCCAGCCUUCGCCAUCAGAGAGCAGGGUUUCAGGGCCAUUAUUAUAUCCGGAGGGCCAAACUCUGUCUAUGCCGAGGAUGCACCCUGGUUUGAUCCAGCCAUAUUCACCAUCGGAAAACCAGUUCUCGGAAUCUGCUAUGGAAUGCAGAUGAUGAAUAAAGUCUUCGGAGGCACGGUGCACAGGAAGAGUGUGAGGGAGGAUGGUGUUUUUAACAUUGCGUUGGACAAUUCCUGCUCACUCUUCAGGGGGCUGCAAAAGGAGGAACCUGUUCUGCUGACACAUGGAGACAGUGUUGACAAAGUAGCAGAAGGAUUCAAAAUUGUUGCACAGUCUGGAAACAUCGUUGCAGGUAUUGCUAAUGAGCAGAAGAAACUUUAUGGCACUCAGUUUCAUCCAGAGGUUGAUCUGACUGAGAGGGGGAUGGACAUGCUACGCAACUUCCUGUUUGAGAUUGCCGGCUGCAGCAGUAACUUCACCGUACAGAACCGUCAGAUGUCCUGCAUCAGGGAGAUUAAAGAGAAGGUGGACAAAUCCAAAGUUCUGGUGUUAUUGAGCGGCGGUGUGGAUUCCACUGUGUGCACGGCCCUGUUGAAUAAAGCCCUAAAUCAGGAGCAAGUGAUUGCUGUUCACAUCGACAACGGCUUCAUGAGAAAGAGGGAGAGUCAGACUGUUGAGGAAGCAUUGACUAAACUCGGCAUCAAACUCAAAGUUGUAAACGCAGCACACACCUUCUACAAUGGCACAACGACCCUGCCGAUAUCAGAAGAGGACCGCACACCCAGGAAACGCAUCAGCAAAACACUCAACAUGACCACCAAUCCAGAAGAGAAGCGGAAGAUCAUUGGGGACACAUUUGUAAAAGUGGCGAAUGAGGUGAUUGGAGAGAUGAAUCUGAAGCCAGAGGAUGUGUUCUUGGCGCAAGGAACGCUCAGGCCAGACCUUAUCGAGAGUGCGUCUCACCUUGCUAGCGGGAAGGCAGAAAUGAUUAAGACACACCACAACGACACAGAGCUCAUCCGCAAACUCAGAGAUGAGGGUAAAGUAAUCGAACCACUGAAGGAUUUCCAUAAGGAUGAAGUCAGAGCACUUGGUCGAGAGCUGGGACUCCCUGAAGAGAUCGUCUCCCGACACCCCUUCCCUGGUCCAGGUCUGGCCAUUAGAGUGAUCUGUGCUGAUGAGCCUUACGUCUGUAAAGACUUCGCCGAGACCAACAACGUCCUGAAAAUCAUCACAGACUUUUCUGCCAGUGUCAAAAAGCCUCACACCCUUCUUCAAAGAGUGAAGUCAUGCAUAUCAGAUGAGGAGGAAGAGAAACUCAUGCAGAUCACCAGCCUUCAUUCACUAAAUGCCUUUCUGCUGCCAAUCAAAACUGUCGGUGUACAGGGUGACUCCCGGUCAUACAGUUAUGUUUGUGGGGUGAGCAGUAAAGAGGCCCCUCACUGGGAUUCACUGAUGUUCCUGGCCAGACUCAUCCCUCGGAUCUGUCACUCCAUCAACAGAGUUGUUUACGUCUUUGGGUCACACGUAAAGGAGCCGCCCACUGACAUCACGCCCACCUUCCUGACCACUGGUGUACUGAGCACGCUAAGACAGGCAGACUUUGUAGCACACUCCAUUUUAAGGGAGUCCGGCUACUCAAGUAAAAUCAGCCAGAUGCCAGUCAUCCUCACCCCACUGCACUUUGAUCGUGACCCGCUGCAGAAGCAGCCGUCCUGCAGACGGUCCGUCGUCAUCAGAACCUUCAUCACCAGCGACUUCAUGACCGGCAUCGCCGCUACUCCAGACAACCAAAUCCCUGAAGAGGUGGUUCUCAAAAUGGUCAACGAGAUCAAGAAAAUCCCCGGCAUCUCAAGGGUGAUGUAUGACCUGACGUCCAAGCCACCGGGAACCACCGAAUGGGAGUAGAGCAGUGGACUAUUGUACCUUCUGAUUUAUCCUUGUCGACUCCUCUUCUACCUCCCCCUUUCCCAGUACUGUAACAUUCCCCUCAAACCCCUUUUCUCCACUCCCGCGUCCCCCUUUAGGCACGCCGCCCUGUCAUUGUCCCACUGAGACCGGAACAUUCCCUACAAUGGCAGGUUGUACUGUGAUUGGCGCUAAGCUGACAUCGCUACUUCAGUUCGGCCUCUUUAUUUGGGGUCGGUUGUAAUAUUAUUGGUAUUAUAAUUGUUGUUAUUAUUGUCCUCUUCACUGAGAAUAAUAAUGAUGAUACAUUGAAUUAGUUUUUUGUAUCAGCUCUCUGUGUUUAAUGCAUUGUGACAGGUCACUCCUCCGUACUUUCUGUUGUCGACUGUCCAUGAGCAGCACGACACGAACAAAACAACUUUUUGUUUUUUAAGCAAGUCCACCGAUUCAAGGAUAAAGUGUUGCCGCUUUCUGCCUUUAAAAGCUUGUUUUCACUAUCCCAGUUUGUGCAGUGUUGAUUUCAGUUUGGAUUUCUUGCCUGAACUCUGGCAGGUGAAGUCUAGCAGUAGUCUAAAAACCGUGACCAAUCGAUGUUUAUUUGCCAAAUACAGAUGAGGUCAGACGGGCGCUCUCUGCGCUGUGGACGGGUCGGUUUAUCACAGAGGUUUUGCUGUGAAGGAGACUCCUAAAUCUGGAGGCUUCCUGAAAUUUGUGCCUGUUUUCUUUUUUUUUGGUUACUUUUUUUCAGGGAUGUGACUUUAUUUUAUGCUGCAUUAUUUUUUUCUCUCAUUUCACGAAAAGGA